UCCUGUGAGAAACUAGCUCUGCGAGUCUCAGUUUACGCGAGAGCUCAGGCAGGGCCGCGUCGCGAUGGAGCCGGGCGGCGGCGGCGGUACGGGCUUGCUAAUUGUCAACAACAAGCAACGGAGUGCGGGGCUCGGGCUGACACCACCGCCAGGAGGGAAAGGUCGGGAACUCAACCGCAACCAACGCAAGGACUCGGAGGGCUAUUCCGAGUCCCCAGACUUUGAGUUUGAAUAUGCAGACGCGGACAAAUGGGCUGCUGAGCUAUCAGAACUGUAUAGCUACACCGAAGGCCCUGAAUUCCAACUCAACAGAAAAUGCUUUGAAGAGGAUUUUAGGGUCCAUGUGCAGGAUACGAAAUGGACAGAACUGGACAUCAAUCAGCAUCGUACCCAUGCCAUGAGGCUUCUUGAUGGCCUUGAGGUCACUGCUCGGGAGAAGAGGCUCAGGGUGGCUCGAGCCAUCCUCUAUGUUGCACAAGGCACGUUUGACGAAUGCAGCUCUGAAGCUGAAGUUCAGUCCUGGAUGCGAUACAACAUUUUCCUUCUACUGGAAGUUGGCACUUUCAAUGCUUUGGUAGAACUUUUGAACAUGGAAAUUGACAACAGUGCAGCCUGCAGCAGUGCUGUGAGGAAGCCAGCCAUCUCCCUGGCUGAUAGCACAGAUCUAAGGUAAGGAAUGUUGGGACAGAAAGUAAUAAUGGGAUCAUACGUCUCUAUGAUGGGCUUCAAGUUAGCAAGGAUGCUUUUCCCUAAUGAACUCUGGGCACCACUUUAUAACAAUGAGCCAUUUUCUGUUAUGCUGUUUGGAAUGGUGACCAAAUUCUGCAGUGGCCAUGCCCCACACUUCCCUAUGAAGAAGGUCUUGCUGCUGCUCUGGAAGACUGUCUUGUGUACCCUUGGAGGAUUUGAGGAACUUCAGGAUAUGAAAGGAGAGAAACGGGAGAUGCUGGGACUCCCCCCACUUCCUGAGGACAGUAUCAAAGUAAUCCGUAACAUGAGGGCUGCUUCUCCUCCAGCAUCUGCUUCUGAUUUGAUUGAGCAGCAGCAGAAACGGGGCCGGCGGGAACAUAAGGCUCUUAUUAAACAGGAUAAUCUAGAUGCUUUCAAUGAGCGGGAUCCCUACAAAACUGAUGAUUCCCGUGAAGAUGAGGAGGAGAAUGAUGACGAUAAUAGUCUUGAGGGAGAGACAUUCCCUCUUGAAAGAGAUGAGGUGAUGCCUCCUCCUGUCCAGCAUCCUUCAGCUGACCGACUAACUUGCCCAAAAGGUUUACCUUGGGCACCCAAGGUCAGAGAAAAAGAUAUUGAGAUGUUUUUAGAAUCCAGUCGGAGUAAAUUCAUUGGCUACACCUUGGGGAGUGAUACCAACACUGUGGUGGGACUUCCCAGACCCAUUCAUGAGAGUAUCAAAACUCUGAAACUGCACAAGUAUACAUCUAUUGCAGAAAUUCAAGUACAAAUGGAAGAGGAGUACUUGCGUUCCCCCUUGUCAGGGGGGGAAGAGGAGGUUGAGCAAGUUCCUGCAGAAAUCUUGUACCAGGGUCUACUUCCUAGCUUGCCUCAGUAUAUGAUUGCCUUGCUGAAAAUCCUACUGGCUGCAGCACCCACCUCCAAAGCCAAGACUGACUCCAUUAACAUCCUGGCAGAUGUUUUACCAGAGGAGAUGCCAACAACAGUGUUGCAGAGCAUGAAACUGGGAGUUGAUGUGAAUAGGCAUAAAGAGAUAAUUGUAAAAGCAAUUUCUGCUGUGCUGCUGCUGCUGCUGAAGCACUUCAAGCUAAAUCAUGUGUAUCAGUUUGAAUACAUGGCGCAACACCUGGUGUUUGCCAACUGUAUCCCACUUAUAUUGAAAUUCUUCAAUCAGAACAUCAUGUCAUACAUCACUGCUAAGAACAGCAUCUCUGUUUUAGAUUAUCCCUACUGUGUGGUACAUGAAUUACCUGAGCUGACAGCAGAGAGCCUGGAAGCUGGGGACAACAAUCAGUUUUGCUGGCGCAAUCUGUUUUCCUGCAUCAAUCUUCUUAGGAUACUAAAUAAGUUAACCAAGUGGAAACACUCUAGGACAAUGAUGUUGGUGGUAUUCAAGUCUGCUCCCAUUUUGAAACGAGCUCUCAAAGUUAAGCAAGCCAUGAUGCAGCUCUAUGUUCUGAAGCUUCUCAAGGUGCAGACAAAGUAUUUGGGGCGACAGUGGAGGAAGAGCAACAUGAAGACCAUGUCAGCAAUAUACCAGAAAGUGCGGCAUCGCCUCAACGAUGACUGGGCUUAGGGCAAUGAUCUGGAUGCACGUCCAUGGGACUUCCAAGCUGAAGAGUGUGCUCUGCGUGCCAGCAUAGAGCGUUUCAACUCUCGCCGCUAUGACCGCACGCAUAACAACCCAGAAUUCCUCCCUGUGGAUAACUGUUUGCAGAGUGUUCUGGGUCAACGUGUGGAGCUGCCUGAAGAUUUCCAAAUGAAUUAUGAUCUGUGGCUGGAAAGAGAGGUUUUCUCUAGACCCAUCUGCUGGGAAGAAUUGCUGCAGUGAUAUUUGAUAAGAGGAAGAUCUCAGACUCAGACCUGAUGUAUGUGCGCAAGGCCAGGUUCUUCCUCUUCAGUCAGCCAGGUGUAGGGAGGAGAUGUCAUUUUUUUCAUGCAGCUUGUAAUCUGCAGCUCUUAUUUUCUUCUCCAAGUGGCAGCAUGGCUUUAUAGACAGUUCUCAAGGCCAAUAUGGUUCUCAUAAAUAUUUUGGGCUGCCUCAGUUACUGGUUGAUUUGAACACUGUAAAAUGGAUUCACAGUAGUUCAGCUUGAAAACCAGAUCAGUUGAACAACUUUCAGAAAAAUGUCAACAUCAGCCUUGACUGCUGUUCAAGGGAAAUGUUCCAUGCUCCUUUUUGCUAAAUGCUCCUCAUGCUUCUGUUCACUGAACUUGGCUGGCUACUUCGUUCCAAAACUUGAAUGGAGGCUUUAUUUACUAGGCCCUGCACCUGCACCCCCCAAUGGACAGAAUGGCAUCCUUUUUCUCCUAGUUUCUAGGGAAGAGCAGCAACUUCAUGAUGUGUAGUGGGUGGGGAAAAACUGAGAUGGUGUGCCAUUGUCUGUACUGAUGCAGGGAGAGGAGGUCUCUGGUCCCAUUAGUGCAUGUAGGGACUGAAUAUAAUUGGUGUGAAUAGAAAUGUGUUUAUAAGCAGUGGCAACAGUUCUCACACCUGCUGCUUUUUGUUGGCAGGUGAUGGGAGCAUAACUGGCUUGCUCCAGAUGGGGAUGUGUGAAAGCAGCUUCAUUAAAAUCAGGGAUCCUGUUCUAUUUUUAUCCCCUGGAUGGAAGGGAAAACUUUGUCUAAAUUUUCAGCCCCCCCCCCCCGAAACUGAAAAUUAGUAUCUGUCUAUUAAGUACUCUUCCUUCCUGAAAACCCUAACAUUGCUUUUCUGUUUUCCUCCACGUGCAAUCCUUCCCCCUUCCAUUUGCCUGGGAUUCUAGUUUUCAAACAGUUUUUAGCAGGUGCUCUUGCCAGUGUAGUUGCCUUUCUUGGCUUCCUGGUAGGACCUACUUGUAACUGUGACCUGUUAGUAUCCAAUUUCCUCAGUCUGUAGAUGCCCAGGCAAGUAAUCCAUUUUAUGAUGAUGAUCUUGCAAAGAAAGAUGGGAAACCUGUGUUUCCAUUGUACUGCUAGAGACUGCAAGUUGGGGGCAUGCAUGAUUUGAAUGUUCUUCCAUAAAAGGCAUUGAAGACAUAGCUAACAUGUUGGGGAGAGAGCUUAACUUGAUGCCUGACAGUCACCUGUGUUUGGAAAUGUUUUUGGAUAAAGCAGCAUAUAAUCAUGUGUGAGCCCACACCAGCAAUGGUACAGUCUAGACCCUGGUUUGCCACCUCACUAUUGUUUGUGACGACUAGGCAUCUAAAUCCAUACAAGCCAUUGCUGUGUGUAAACAGCGAGGUGGAAGUGAAGGCAUCUGUCUAAAAGAAAUGGUAAGCAGACCUGUUAGAAAGUGGAUGAUUCAUCUUCCCUAAGAGAUGGUAUCUGGUAUAAGAAGACACAUAUAUCAUUGAGUUGGAUUACUGUAGUUUGUACUAUUAAACCUUCAGAAACAAGCAAGUACAAUGGAUGUUAGCAUCUAGGAAGGAUUUUGAGAAACAAGCAAGUACAAUAUGGCAUAUUUUUUUCUAUUUCUGUUUCGCAAUUCUAUUUAUUUGGAAGUAAAUCCCAUGAAAUGAAUGGGAUUCCUUAGUAAACAUAUUUAGGAUGUUAAUGUCAGUGCAAAAUCAUCACAGCACUUUGCACUAUAUAUAUAUCCAGCACUUCUGUAAGAUUAAAUUACAUGAUUGAGGUUGCAGCAUGUGUUUCAAGCAGAGAGCAGCAGGGACCAAUGUAUACUUUGCCUCUUACAAUAAGAAUUAAAUUAAGUAAAGUAAAUGCAGCUAACUGGAGCAAAUGCUCCCAGGCAGCCAGUCCAAUAAUUGUGAUGCAACUUCCAACUUUUUUCGGGAUGUAACAAUCUGAGAAGGUGGUGAACCGUCUGCACUGUGAACAGUGUGGUGGUGUCUAUAUGAUUGUGCAGGCAAAGCAUGUGAUCACAUAAAAGAAUAUGAUCAAGCAUUAAAAUAGUGAAAUAAUUUU